AUGUACAUCACUCUCUACUACGUAGUCGCACGCCUCCCUGACUCCCUUCGCGUAGUCAGGGACCACUUUCUCGCAGUCUGUCCCACCACCCUCACCGUCGACGUCCUCGAGAAGGCCCUCCUCGCAGCGGAGAAGAGCAUAGUCGCUGUAGGAGCUUCUCGUGGAGACCCUCGCACCCCCAUCUUUGAGGGGUGCUCUCCUUCCCCCUUGCUGCCCUCUGUUGCCUCUGCUGCUGCUGCCGACCUGCUUGGUCUUGAGUCGGUCGGCGCGGCGUCUGCCCCUAGUGGGAGACGUCGCUCUGGCAAGGGCAAGGGGGGCAAGGGCGCGGGUGGAGCUGGAGGGGGCGGUUGCGGUGGCGGCGGAGGCGGCGGAGGGAGUGGGGGUGGCGGCGGGAGUAGUGGCGGGGGUGGUGGUGGCGGUGGCAGCAGCGGCGGAGGCGGCGGUGGUGGUGGCAGCGGUGGUGGUGGUGGCAGCGGCGGAGGUGGAGGCGGCGGAGGAGGCAGCGGAGGAGGCGGUGGUGGUGGAGGAGGUGGAGCUGUUCGGGGUGGUACCCAGCAGCGGAGCGGCGGUGGUGGUGGCCAGCGCUCGCAGCAGCAGCAGCAGCAGCGUUCGCGGGACAUCCCUCCGCCUCAGCAGCUUCGUGAGUGGUACACUCAGCGUCAGAGGGGUGGGGGUACUGGUCCUUGCACCUACGUCCUUCGUUCCGGCGACCGCGCGGGUGAGCAGUGUGGGGGUGCCCACCCCACCCAGCGCUGCUUUGGCCGCCUGACGGACGCUUGGCGUCAGCAGUUCCCCGGGGCUAGUGAGAUCCCUCGCUGGGAUGAGCUUCUUAGGGCUGGUGUAGCGAUCUUUGAUCUUGAUUUUGAUGCUAUCCUUGCUGCUUUGUAUGCUGUGACUAUUAGUGAGGAGACUGAGGGUUACCGGUGUUUCCAGCCCGACCCGGGCAUUGGUACUGCUGCGCUAGGUGCUUGUGAGGCUGCUGCUCUAGGUGCCAGUGCGUCUGCGCUCUCAGGUACUGGUGAGACUGCGCCCUCAGGUACUGCGUCGCCCUCGUCCUCCCUUACUUUCACACUUGACUCUGGGGCUUCUCGCUCCUUCUUUCGAGACCGCACCACCCUUACGCCGCUUGGCCGGCCGGUUGCCUUCUCCCUGGCUGACCCCUCUGGGGGUCCUUUCCUCUCUCACUUCUCCACUGUCCUCCUGUGUCCGGCUGCCCCUUCGGGCACCCUGUCUGGUCUGUACCUUCCCUCGUUCUCUACGAACUUGGUGAGUGGCGCGGACCUGCAGAAUGUGGGGGUUCACCAGUUCACUCCUGCGAGUCAGCGGGUGACCCACUGCACGGAGGCACGCACAGGCCGACACCUGGCCACGUUCUCGCGUCGGCCAGGGUCGAGUCUCUACACCCUGACUGUUGAGUCUCCUCCUGUCCCUGCGUCUGGUCAGGUGGCUGCGUCAGGUCAGGUGCUUGCUGCUGCGUCCCGGUCAGGUCCUGAGUCUGCCCCCUGUUCUUGUCGCCUCCUGUCUCACGAGACUCUCCUGUGGCACCACCGUCUUGGCCACCCCUCCUUGCCCCGUCUUCGGAGCAUGGCUUCCCGUGUCCUUGUCUCUGGUCUUCCCCAGUCUCUCCCUCCCCUUCCCUCCGGGCCAGGACCUUCCUGUGUCCCCUGUGUCGAGGGUCGCCUCCGGGCUGCUCCUCACUCCUCCCAGUUCCCCCCGACCGAGGCUCCUCUGCAGACGCUUCACAUGGACGUGUGGGGCCCAGCCACCUUCACGCUUCCGGACUCUCCACAGCAAAAUGGGAUUGCUGAGCGCCGCAUUGGCAUGGUCAUGGAUGUCGCUCGUACGUCCAUGAUGCAUGCGGCUGCCCCCCAUUUUCUGUGGCCGUUUGCGGUGAGGUACGCGGCGCAUCAGCUCAACCUUCACCCCAAGGUCUCUCGGCCCGCGAUGUCCCCAGUCUUGCUGUGGACGGGGAAGGUUGGCGAUGCGUCGACGUUCCGUGUCUGGGGAUCUCGGGCGUUUGUCCGCGACUUGUCUGCGGACAAGCUGUCCCCUCGUGCUGCUCCCUGUGUCUUCCUUGGCUUCCCCACUGACGCUCCAGGGUGGCAGUUUUACCACCCCUCCUCUCGUCGUGUUCUGUCCUCCCAGGACGUCACGUUCGACGAGUCAGUCCCCUUCUACCGCCUCUUCCCCUACCGCACUCCUUCCCUCCCCCCUCCGCCGGACUUCCUUGUGCCGGUUCCCCCCCCGGUAGACCCCCUCCCCCCUCAGAUUCCUGCCCCCUCAGGUGUGUCCCAGGUAGACGCAGUUGACCCGGUCGAGGUUACUGGUGACUCUGGUGCUGCUGCGGGUGCUGAGCCUGGGGGUGCUGACUCUGAGGGUGCUGUGCGCGGGGGUGCCGGGCCUGGAGGUGCUGCUACUGGGGGUGCUGAGCCUGGGGGUGCUGGGCCUGGGGAUACUACUGCGGAGGGUGCUGCGCCAGGGGGUGCUGAGUCUGGAGCUGCUGAGCCUGGGGGUGCUGAGCCUGGGGUUUCUCCUGCUGCUGCGUCUCGACGGGAGCCCCUCUCUCCCCUGGAGCUGCGCGAGUGGUUUGCUCGCCGCUGGAGGCGUGCUGCUGGAGCUGGAGCUUCUUCGACCGUCAAGGGUGCUGGUGCUGCCGGUCACGGAGCUGCUGGGCCUGCGGGUCCUCCUGGAGCUGGAGCUGCUGAGGGUGUUGGUGCUGAGACCACUGCUGUCUGUCCUCUCGGUGGUUCUGCUGCUGAAACUGCUGGAGGUCCUGCCGCUGGAGGUGUUGGUGGCGCUAGUACUGUCGCUGAGGGUGCUGGUGCUGUCCCUGCUGAGUCUGGAGCUGCCGCGCGGCCUCGGCCGUACUUCGUUCCGCUCCUGCAGCAGCGUCGUGAGCCUGCGUCUCGUCCCGCGUCGCCUGUUCGUGCUGCUCGCGCUAGUGGUCGCGGUUCGCGUCAGCGUCCUCCUCCUGUCCCUGGCACGCACCGGAUGUCUCUGCGUCCGUCCACUGCUCCUCUGCGUGCCCCUUUGCCUUCUCCGCCUGAGUCCUCUCUUCCUGCGCUUGCCGAACCUGAGUCGGACUCUCUUCGUGCUGCCAGUCCUACUGUCCCGCGUCUGCUUGCUACUGUCGUCACUGACCCCUCGUUUGAGUCCACUGCUGCGUCUGCUCUUGUCGCUGAGCUCGUCGACUUUGCUGCUCGCUGUCGUCUAGACUACGCUGCUAGUCUUGUUGCUGAGUCUGCGUCUGUCUGUCCUCCGUCCGUCGGGGGUGAGUGUGCUCUUGGCACGGACGUCCUAGAGGACGGGCAGGAGGAGUUACAGUGUCUGGCUGCUGCUUCACCUCAUCUCGCGUCUGUACUGCUUGCUCCUGAGGGAGACCCGGAUGCACUAGACAUCCCGACUCCGCGCUCUUACGCGGAGGCCGUAGAGGGUCCCUACUCCUCUCAGUGGCAGGCAGCUAUGGAUGCAGAGAUGGCUUCCUGGAAGUCCACAGGCACCUACGUUGACGCAGUUCCCCCUCCUGGGGCGAACAUCGUCAGUGGCAUGUGGAUCUUCCGGGUGAAGCGGCCGCCGGGCUCUCCACCUGUCUUCAAGGUGCGGUACGUUGCUCGUGGCUUAAGCCAGUGGCAGGGAGUUGACUACUUUCAGACCUUCUCUCCCACCCCGAAGAUGACCACUCUUCGGGUGCUGCUGCACAUAGCCGCUCAGCGCGACUACGAGCUUCACUCUCUCGACUUCAGCACUGCGUUCCUGCAGGGUAGCCUGCACGAGGAGAUCUGGCUGCGCCGUCCACCUGGCUUCACUGGGACUUUCCCUCCUGGCACCCAGUGGAGCCUCCGACGGCCAUUCUACGGUCUCCGCCAGGCACCGCGUGAGUGGCACGACACACUGAGGACUACGCUUGCGGCUCUUGGGUUUGCUCCUCCUACUGCUGACCCGUCGCUGUUUCUGCGCACCGACACUUCUCUGCCGCCGUUCUACAUCCUCGUGUACGUCGACGACUUGGUCUUUGCCACAGCGGACACUGCUGGACUCGCCUACGUGAAGUCCGAGCUGCUGAAGAGACACACGUGCACAGACCUGGGUGAACUGCGCAGCUACCUUGGCUUGCAGAUCACUCGGGACAGAGCACGCCGCACCAUUACCUUGACUCAGUCACACAUGGUGCAGCAGGUCCUUCAGCGCUUCGGCUUCACGUACUCCUCGCCUCAGGCCACUCCUCUGUCUACUCGUCACUCGCUCUCAGCUCUGCCUUCGGAUGAGUCCGUAGAGUCGAGUGGCCCGUACCCAGAGCUUGUUGGCUGCCUCAUGUACCUGAUGACCUGCACACGACCUGACCUUGCAUACCCUCUGAGCAUUCUUGCACGCUAUGUUGCUCCUGGGAGACACCGACCAGAGCACAUGGCUGCAGCGAAGAGGGUGUUGCGCUACCUGUGCAGUACGUCGGGCAUGGGGCUAGUGCUUGGAGGGCUGAGUCCAGUGGUCCUUACAGGGCACGCGGACGCUUCUUGGGCUGACGACCAGGCUACGCAGCGGUCGUCACAGGGUUACACCUUCAGUCUUGGUUCCGGCUCUGUCACGUGGCGGUCUACUUGCUCGUCUUCGGUUCUCAGCUCCAGUUGUGAGGCUGAGAUCUACGCUCGGGCCAUGGCUGCACAGGAGCUUCGCUGGCUCACCUACCUGCUGACUGACCUUGGAGAGCCGCCUCGUUCUCCUCCAGUGCUGUACGUAGACAACAAGGCCAUGCUGGCCUUGUGUCGAGAGCAGCGCUUGGAGCACAGAACGAAGCACAUUGCUCUCCGCUACUUCCUUGCUCGUGAGCUGCAGCAGCGUGGUCAGUUGCGACUUGCGUACGUGGCCUCUGAGGCCAACACUGCUGAUGUGUUCACCAAGGCACUCGCGCCUUGUGACCAUCAGUGCUUCUGCACCCAGCUGGGUCUUGUGCCUGUCUUGCCUUACUUGCUCUCUUCUUGA